ACAUUAUAUUUGCAAAUUCCUCAUGUGUUCGAAUAAUAGCUUUUUUUGUCAAGUUCUCCCUCUCCCCAAAUUUACCCCAUAGACAGUUUAAACAAAGUUUUGCUACUGCUCUUAAUCCGGCAUUCUUUUGAAUUUUAUCUUUGUCAAGUUUUAUACCUUCUCGCGCCUCAUAUUCAGCAAUAUAUCUAUUCUUUGAUUCAUCAUCUACACAGUCAGCAGGCCAAUCCGAAGCCUCGUGUUUUAUUUUCAAAAAAGUGUUAAUGUAUUCGGCAAAUAAUCCGCCUGUUCGCGUCACAGGAUUAUAACGCGUAGUUCUCAUAUACUCCCAAAGCUCACUGAUUUCUAAUAUUUUAUACCCCAUUUCUACGGCUUUACGAAGUUCUGGAGCGACCCAAGUUCCCAAAAAUUCGCGAUCAGCGGGAUCAUCAUGAGGGCAAUUGUCUUGUACAAGAUCAUCGCAGCAUGAUCGACAGAGAGGGAACAGUAACUUUCCAUGAGCUUUUACUGGUAAAACAGGGUGAAAUAAUUGACGAGGGAGUAAAACGCGACAUUUCACAAGACCUUCUAUCCGCGAAAUAUUAUUUGUUCAAAAUCCCGCGGUCAAAAGUCAGGAUGACCAACCGGAUGACCUCGGCCAAUCACCCUUGACCAUCGUAACGAGAGGUCACGAUCGAUCUCGGGAUCGUUACGAUGGUCAGUACGCUAUCAUCUAGCAUUCGGAUAAGACAUACGGUGUGUCUUACGGAAAUUCCACCGGGGAAUUAUUGGCUACCAUCGGAUAACCAACGGGGUUAGAUCGGCAAAUUAAACACUCGGAAAAUGCAGUCCACAAAUAACGAAUAGUUUUAACACCUUGGAGUGCACACAGUGUAUAUAAUAUUUAAAGAAAUAAAUCGGACAUUCAUCACACCAAGUGCCAAUCAUUCGUCAUCCUCGGAACUUCCUCACCCACCAUCCCAUCCGGCCCAAAAACAUCCCGGAACAUCACAAUAAUUCAAACAUUGGUCCUUCGAGCCGGAUUCGGGAGUGAAGUGUGUGAAGUGCAUCGGAAAAUUCAACGUGGGAAUUCAACGUGGGAAAAGGGACGCCGGCCACGCGGUAAUCUACGGGGCCCACUUCAUAGAACCCACGGACUCAACGAGGACAUCGGCCAAAUUCCUCAAGGGAUUACGCACGGAACUAUAGCAUCGGGCUUUGUUUACAUCGGUUUACCUGAGAGGUACCAAGGUCGAGCACAUCGGGCGCUCAACACGGCAUCGAGCGCGUUAUCGAUCGACGAGGCGGUCGGUAACACAGCGGCGGUAUAUCAUCAACAGUCGGUAUAUACUUACCAGCGCCGAUCGGUAAGUCAAUCAUCUUCGUCUAUACGUCCCGUGUCAACGCAUGCGCCACUCAGCGACCAAGGGAUAUACUGUUAGUUGGGUCCAAAUUUAAUAAAUUUAAAUUUAAAUUACAAUUUAAAAGGACACUCAUCAAUACAAAUGGAACGAGAUCCCUCCCAAUUAUGGACCACGAUGAUGGAGGAGAAUGAUCGGAUUCUCGCAUCGAUGGGAAUUUCGGAGGAUCCCACGACGGAAAUUGUCGGCAACGCAUCGGAGGAGGCCUCCUCCAAGGAACUGGUAUCGGAGCCGGUUACCAAGACCAGGAGGUCCAUCACACCCUGGCCAAGUAGUGUGGAAAACCGGAUCAGGAUCCAACUAACUCGGAUGAGAUCUCUACGGGAGAUCACGGAAAGAUUGCGGAGCGAAGAGGCAGGAGCCCUUCGCUAUGAUGAGCUCCAAUCAAAUCGGAUCGUGAUAGGGGACACGUGGUCCAAAUUCUCGGCCUACCACGAGAAGCUGAUUGAGGAAUCAAGCGAAGAAGUUAUGGACCACCCUUACUUCGCUGAAGAUAUGUUCGCCCAGGCGGACAGGAUCUAUAGGAAGGCGAUGGACGAGCUAGGCCGCAGAGCGGCUAGUCUCCCACAACGCGGAUCGGGGAAUCAACAGGGAUCCUCAACCAGCCAUUUGGAAAGGUUACAGGUGCCGGAGUUCCACGGCACCUACUCGGAGUGGAGAAACUUCCACGACGCCUACGUAUCACUUGUCCACAGCCAGGCCGGCUACUCGGACAUGGACAAGAUGAUACGGCUAAGGAAGGCACUGAAGAGAUCGGCGGCUGAGCUCAUCACAAACAUCGGGACGGGAGCUGCCCACUACGAGACAGCCUGGAAGAAGCUCGUAGCCCGGUACGAGAACCCACGGCUGAUUAUGGCAGCUCAUCUGAAUCGACUGCUAAAACUGAAGGACGUGAAGGAGCUAUCGUCUAAGAGCCUCCUGCAGGUAAUCGACGCGGUUACGGAAUCGCUGACGGCACUCAAAAACCUCGGGGCACCGACAGAGUGGUGGGACAUCAUUAUCUGUCACCUUAUCAGAAGGUCUCUGGAUCGGAACUCCAGCCAGGACUGGGAGCUGAAGCUGGGAGACUCUACAGAUCCCCCGCAGCUGGAGACUUUCCUCGAGUUUCUCAGGGCCCGAGCAAGGGCCUGGGAAAACAUUGAGAGGGAAAGGGAAAAGCUGACUUCGGAACGGCCGAAACAGUCAGCAAAGGCUCAUCACGGAACGUCAUCGGGACCACCAUCAGAGGUCAAGGGAACCUCAAGCAAAAGGACGGCAUGUGUGGCCUGCGGAGGGCCACACUGGAUUGGACCUGAGUGUGCCAAGUUCUUCGGCAUGAAUGCCGUUCAAAAGAGGCAGUUCUUGGUAGACGAAGGACUGUGCUACAAUUGCUUGGGGCCUCAUCGGGCAACCAAAUGCAAGAGCACCAGGAGGUGUCGGUAUUGCAACGGGUUGCACCACACUCUUAUUCAUGAGAGGAGGCACGAUACACCGGAAACCUCAACAAAGGCCAGCACAUCUUCGAAGCCAAGCACGAGCGGAAACAUCACGGGAACCGGAACCGGAGCGAGCAUCAAGGCGGAUCCUGUCAACAAACAACCGGGACCAGCAUCACGCCAGGACCAGCAACACGGCACAUCACCAUCUGGGAAGAGGUCGACGACCUCUCAGACUCAUCUCGGGGAAUCUUAUAAUUCGGAAGUGUACCACCAUUCGGAAAAUCUAUCGGCAAAGCAGCAAUAUUCGGGUGAUCAUCCACAUUCGGCUGAAAAUCAAUUCGGACAGAAAUCCCAUGUAGAAGCCAUGCCUCGUGAAGAGGAACCACACUCGGAGAAGCAACCGGACAAUCACCACGGGGAUCAACAUCAUUCGGAACCGCGGUCGGUCAAUCAGGUGGACACACGCAACGUAUUGGAAGCUCAACAGAGCUCUCAGCAGGGAAAUCAACUGGUCGUCCUGGCAACGGCAAGGGUUAUUGCCCUGAAUCACCACGGAUAUUCAAGACCAGCAAGGAUCCUCAUCGACCAAGGCUCAGAAGUGUCAUUGGUAUCUGAGCGCUUGGUCAAUCAACUACAAUUGAAACGGAGGUCCUCAUCAUUAUCGAUUGUCGGCAUCGGAGAAACUUCCUCGGGAAGCACGCGUGGGGUUGUGUCAUUCGACUUACAACCCAGACACAAUUCUACUGCGUUGCUCAACUUGGAGGCUCACAUCAUGAGUAAGCUCACGGCAAAGAUCCCACCAUUUGCCUGUGACACACGGACUCCCCAGGAACUAUGGGAACUCAAUGUGGCGGAUCGGACAUUCCUACAACCUGGGGCUAUUGACAUAAUCAUCGGAGCUGAUUACUACGGGAAAAUUAUCACGGACGGAAUUAUGAGAUACAACGGAACGGGUCUCAUAGCCCAGCAGACAUCCUUUGGCUGGGUAGUGUCGGGGCCAGUCUGCUGUACAGGCUGCGCUAAGAAGCGGUCACUGAGGGUGACCACACGGACCAUCAACCAACAAUUAUUGGACUGCUUAAAGAAGUUCUGGACGCAGGAAGAAAUACCGGAUACCCCAUCAACGGUAAUGAGUAAGGCUGAUGCAGAAUGCGAGCAGCAUUUUGUGGAAACUCAUAGAAGAGACGCAACGGGACGGUAUACAGUACGUCUACCGUUUAAAUCAUCGCCUGCCGUCCUAGGGGAUACAGCAUCGAUGGCUCGGAUUCGCUUACAGAAGCUCAACAGGCGAGUGGCGGCAGAUCCACAAGCUCAUACACUAUACCGGAAAUUCAUUAAGGAGUAUGAGGCCUUGGAUCACAUGCAACGGGCACCAUCGACGUCAGAGAUACGGCUGGCAUACUACUUGCCCCAUCACGGAGUGCUGAGACCGGAUAGCACGACGACCAAACUAAGGGUCGUAUUCGACGCUUCACACAGAAGCUCUACGGGAGUGUCACUGAAUGACAUCUUUCAUUCAGGACCGAAACUUCAAACGGAGUGCUCUGAUGCCCUCAUCUGGCUUCGUCGGCAUCGAUUGGUCUUCGGAGCGGACAUAGAGAAAAUGUUCCGCCAGAUUCGCGUCCAUCAGGAUGAUUGGGACUAUCAACGAAUCUUCUGGAAGGACGACGACGGCCAGAUCAUCGAAUAUCAGUUAACAACGGUCACUUACGGGACCAGCUGUGCACCUUGGCUGUCUCUUCGGGUGCUGAAGCAGCUGGCAAUCGAUGAAGGUCAUCGAUUUCCUUUGGCUUUAUCAACGUUCGCACGGGGGCGAUACGUUGACGAUAUCUACGGAGGUGCAGAAACCGAAGAGGAAUUGGAAGAAAUAAUCAAGGAUCUAAUCGGACUCUGCAUGGCGGGCGGCAUGACACUGCAGAAAUGGUGCAGCAACGCGCCACGGACACUCGGACAACUCGGAAUAUCGGCGGAAUCAGCUCCAACCAUCGAAUUCGGGGAAUCAUCAGUGAAAGUGCUGGGCCUCUGCUGGCAGCCUCGUACAGACACUUUCCACUUCAAGGCAAGAAACUUCAGCGGAGACACCAUCACCAAACGCGUAAUCCUGUCCGAGAUUGCGCAAAUUUAUGAUCCUUUGGGACUAAUAGCACCGGUCACCAUCACGGCAAAAAUAUUUAUUCAAGAAUUGUGGCUGCUCAAACUCGACUGGGACGAGCAAAUACCAAUGACACACGCUAAACGGUGGAGAAGUUUCAGGGAGGAACUUCAAGGGCUGAGCAGCCUAUCAAUACCACGAUGGCUACAUCUUUCAGCGGGAAAGAAAAUACAGCUACACGGAUUUGCGGACGCAUCGACCCUAGCAAUGGGUGCAUCGGUCUAUCUUCGAUCCUGGUCAGCAUCAUCGGGAGUCAACGUCAACUUGGUUUGUGCCAAAACCAAGGUGGCUCCCCUCAAGAAGAUGACCAUUCCACGGCUGGAGCUCACGGCAGCUGUCAUGGUCACAAAUCUAAUGGCCUAUGUACAGCGAGCUCUGGAACUUGAGGAUGCGGAGCUCUACUUAUGGAGCGACUCAUCAGUAGCCAUCGCAUGGAUCAACGGAGAUCCAUCAUGGUGGAAGGACUUUGUGCAGAACAGGGUUCUCAAGAUCCAAGAAACCCUGCCUACUGCCAAAUGGAAUCACAUCAACGGCAAGGAGAAUCCAGCGGACUGCGCAUCAAGAGGAAUAUCACCAACGGAAUUGCGGGAGCAUCAUCUCUGGUGGACUGGACCAUCAUGGCUUGUCCAACCACCAGAACAAUGGGUAGCAGCAUCAACGGAAUUAGCAUCAACCUCGGAAUUAGCAUCAGCGGUGGCAAUGUAGGCGAAACCACCCA